AUGUCCUCCUCUACCCCCCUCUCCUCCUUCCUCUCGUUCUUCGGCACUGGCGCUUUGGUGUCCGUAGUCCCUACUCAUCAUAACCUUCCCCCAUCCUUCCCUGUCGACCUGCCCCCUCUGUCCUGCCUCCCGUCCUCCCCGAGCCAGCACGGCCUCUCCGUCGUUCUCAUGCUCCCAGAAAGCGCUACGGCUGAGCUACAGGCAGCUGAUGAGCGCGCAUCGGGCAACAGCUCAUGGCAGCUGCAGAUCGGGCCACCAUACACCCUCGAGCCCCUCGAGCCCUCAGAGCCGGGCGCCCAGGACGAGGCUACGGAGCAGUGGAAGGAGCUGAAGCACAACUACGCUCGGUCGUUCUAG